UAAGCAAAUAACAGCGAGGAGCCGAAAAAAACACCCCGGACCGAAUACCUCAACAAGCUGAGCGGCGCCGCGUCCACAAACGUUCGGCGGCGGCAACAUUUUUUCUCAUCGGUGUAAUCCCCGGCCCUCACCGCGCCACCAUGACGUUCUCCAAGAACAACAAGAUGCUGAGCCAUAUUGGCUACAGGAUGAAAGUUACCAUGCAGGACAGCAGGACCUUCAUAGGGAUAUUCAAGGCCUUUGACAAACACAUGAACGUGAUCCUGGCCGACUGCGAGGAGUUCCGUUGCAUCCGCGGCAAGAAGAACAAGGAGGAGAAGCAGGAGAAGCGCACCAUGGGCCUCCUGCUGCUGCGUGGCGAGACCAUCGUCACCAUGACCCUGGAGGGACCCCCCCCAGCUGAGGAGGGACCCCGCGUGAACCUCCCCGGUGCCGCCCCCGGCCCCGGCAUUGGCAGGCCCGCUGGCCGUGGCAUGCCCGGCCCUGGUGGCGCUGGCCUGCAGGGACCCGUGCGUGGAGUGGGUGGACCCUCUCAGCAGAUGAUGCAGCCGGCUGCCCGUGCCGGUCCCCAGCUCAACAUGCCCCCCCGUGGAGGCCCCCCUGGCAGUAUGCCCCCUCACAUGAUGGGCGGCAUGCCCCCACACAUGGGCCGAGGGGGUCCCAUGGGGCCCCCCAGUGGUUCCAUGAUGAGAGGAGGUCCCCCAGGUGGCCGCCCCUACUAGACUACUGCCUCUCCCCCCUUCCCCUGGCCACCCUCCUGCUUGUUGCUGCAUCCAGUCGGCACCUGCUGAGGGGGGUUCUUGGGUCACCUGACACACCUGCUGCUGCUGCUCACCUGUGGCAGCAGUUCCUUUUACUUUUAUUUUCAUCUGAUGUGUAUUUUAGGUACGACUGGCGUGUUUGUGUAAUCAUUUGUCCAAAUAUUUUAUUUGAAGUAAAAUAUGAUGGCAUUAUUAACCUUACAGUUUAAUGUUGGGUUAUUUACAAAAGUAGAAACAGCUGGAAAAAGUCAAAUUUAACUUCUUAUACUGAUUUGGAUGAAAGAUGUUUUUUGUACAAAAUAUAAAACCUAAUGAA